CCUUCCACUCGCUCCUCCCCUGCUACAACGCUUUUAACUCCCAACGCAAGAACGCAUCGCCGCCGUCGCCAUACCCUACCUUCCCUCCCUCUGCUGGUGCCGGAUCCUCCACCCGCCGCUCCUCUGUCGGUCUAGCGGCGGUGGAGAUCCAUCCGCGCGAGGACUCAUUCCUUCUCGCGCUGGUCAUCUAUCUGUCUGCUUGUUGCUUCAUGAUUGGUCUCAUGGAUGACCAUGGGUCAUGGGAUUCUCUUUCAGUUGAUCACAUUAGAACUCCUGCAUUCAACUCUGGAGUCGUUUAUGAGGCUAGCAACGGAAGCAAAGAAUUCUCAGUUUCAUUGGACAUGGUCGUUCCUGAUGAUAUCCUGGAGAGAAUCUUCACAUUCUUGCCUAUAGCAAGCAUGAUAAGGGCAGCAGGAGUAUGCAAAAGAUGGUAUGGCAUUAUCUAUUCAAGCAGAUUUCUUUGGACCCACAUGUUGCCUCAAAGGCCGUGGUACUUCAUGUUCACCUCUAAUGAAACUGCUUCUGGGUAUGCUUUUGACCCCAUCCUCCGGAAGUGGUAUGAUUUAGAGCUUCCUUAUAUUGAUAAGAGCAGUUGUUUUGUCUCUUCUUCUUGUGGCCUAGUUUGCUUCAUGGAUAAUGACAACAGGAACACCAUUUCUGUAUCUAACCCUAUCACAAAAGAUUCCAAGAGGCUUUUGGAGCCUCCGGGUGUAAUAUUGCCAGAUUACAGUACAAUUGCCAUAAAGGUUGAUCGUUUAUGUCAUAAUUACACCAUUACAUUGGCAAAAUCCAAGCAGAGUCAUGAAGAUUUUGUCAGAUGGGAUUUUUCAGUAUACAAGUAUGACUCAUGGAAUGGUACAUGGGUAACUGCUGUGAGCGAAGUGUUCAUCGGUUGGAGAGGGGGUGAUGAUAGUGUAAUAUGCGAUGGAGUCCUGUACUGUUUAAUUCACUCCACCGGUGUUCUUGGCAAUGUGAACCCCCGUCAUGGCCUUAUCAUGUAUGACAUUGUUGCUGGACCUUCUGAGACUUCGUUAAUGCAAACGUCAAUCCCAAUACCUUGUUCUCUCACAUGUGGACGUCUGGUAAACUUAAAGGAGAAGCUGGUUUUGGUUGGCGGAAUUGCCAAACACAACAGACCAGAUAUCAUUAAAGGAAUAGGAAUAUGGGAACUCCAUGAGAAGCAAUGGCAUGAGGUAGCUCGGAUGCCAUACAAAUUCUUCCAAGGAUUUGGUGAAUUUGAUGAUGUUUUCGCCAGCAGCGGCAUGGAUGACCUUGUCUACAUACAAAGCUAUGGUGCAACUGCUUUGCUUGUUUUUGACAUGAUGCAGAAGCAAUGGAGGUGGUCAGUAAAAUGCCCUGUGAGCAAAAGAUUUCCUCUCCAGCUUUUCACUGGCUUUUGCUUUGAGCCUCGGCUCGAUAUCACUUCUUAAUAUGUACCAGUUUAUCUUUUUACCUUUCAGUGGAAUCAGAUCAGCUAUCAUGUUAUUAUUCGUGAAAAUCCAUGCAAGUUUUGUCGCAUUCUUUCAACCAUUUUGUUUUUUUCCUUUUCUGAGUUCUGCCCCUGCCUCAUUCGUCCUGCUGGAUGCAAUCACUUGUUUUUGCCUUGACCUCAGAUAAAUAUGUAGAAUACUAUAUGUGCUGACUUACAUAUCUUUGUGAUGAUCUUAUACCUGUAUUAAAAUGUACCCUUUUGUUGUUUCUUUUGCCAAAAAAAAAAAAAACACAGUAUAUUGAUGUACUUUCCUUAUCUGAUUUCCCAGUUCUGCCUUGAACUGUUUCGGCAACACCUGCAUAUGCUGUCUGUACUUAAUAGAGCCACUUAGCAUGUUUAACUUGGUCCAUACAAAUGAAUGACAGGUUGCCCUUACAGCACGAUCAGACAUAAAAUUUGCAGUGCUGUAAAUUAUGUAACCUGCCUUCCUUGUUUUCCGAGAUCAUCCUAUCCAAUAUGUUUUGAAACCACUCCUAUCCUAUAUGUGAUAGCCAAUAUUUGUCCUUUUUCAGUCUUGAGCCACAACUUCAAACUGUAUACAUGUUUGUUUCUUGUGUCUCACUAUUCAUCCACGCUGGCCCUACAUCUCCUGAGGUUGCUGCUGCAAACAGCUUGCACACUGGUCUCACCAAACCAUUGAAAGUCGUUUCUCUGAACACUGACCAGUGCCUUACUGAUUUUUGUAGAAAUCAUCGUGGGCCAAAUCCAGGUUUCCUCUUGUGGGAGCUGGCCCAUUCUUUACUGUCUCUGACCUCCAUGACCAUGACCCUGCAGCAUGAUGCAAGUGAGCCAGAGAGGCCAUUGUUGAAGUUUCAACGCUUGUUACAGCAGCUUCUGUGUGCAAGUAGUGCUCAGCUGAGGCAUUAAUGGCUUAGCCGUACCUGUGGUUCUCAGUAUGCUGUUUUUUCUUUUCUUUUCUUUUCUUUUUUGCAUUGCUUUGAGAAGGAUUCUCAGUAUGGUGUCGUGCACUUCAUGCAGUGCAUAUGGUGGUGUUUGUUGUUUUGCACUGGUUUUCAUCUUUCUACCGGCUUGCUGUCUCUCCAUGUGGUCUGUUUUGUGACUGCUGUUUUACUUUUACCUCAACACUGAUCCUUGAUUUGCUGGCUUCUGCUUUCAUCAGAAGCUUGUGAGUCAGAUGUGGUCUCCAUGCAGGAUUUUAUUUGAUUUUCUGGGUAAGGAAGUGAUCUCGUGUCGUUUGCUGUUGGCACCAGCUGUCACAGAUGAGGCCUCUCAUCUGAAAUGAUUUUGGUAUUUUGUCCUCCAGUUCCUGUUAGUCUGUUAUGUAGGCUUGGCCAACAUAGAUAAGGAAGUGAUGGUGCCUGCUGGCUAAGCAUGAAAUCCAGAACGUGGCUGUACAGUGUAUAGUGCACAACAUCAGGUUCAGUUCUGAUAUUGUUUUUGAACAGGGAGCUUUUGCUGUGUCUGUGUGGAUACUGAAUAGUAGUUGGGUUGAUUCCAGUGAUAGUUUGU